CCGAUUGCAACACAUGCAGCGGCCUGGAGAGGGAGAGCCGGUGUCCUACGUCAGAGCCGCCGACACCGACGCCGCCAGCGCCAUCGCCGCCGGGGGGCCGGGACCUUAGGGAGGAGGAGGAGAGAAGAUGGCGGACGAUCCCAGCGCGGCCGACAGGAACGUGGAGAUCUGGAAGAUCAAGAAGCUCAUCAAGAGCCUGGAGGCGGCCCGCGGCAACGGCACCAGCAUGAUAUCGUUGAUCAUUCCUCCCAAAGACCAGAUCUCGCGAGUGGCCAAGAUGUUGGCCGACGAGUUCGGGACGGCCUCCAACAUCAAGUCUCGCGUGAACCGCCUUUCCGUCCUGGGAGCCAUCACGUCCGUACAGCAGAGGCUCAAACUCUAUAACAAAGUACCUCCAAACGGCCUGGUUGUUUACUGUGGAACAAUUGUGACAGAAGAAGGAAAGGAGAAGAAAGUCAACAUUGACUUCGAGCCUUUCAAACCGAUCAAUACGUCGUUGUAUCUGUGCGACAAUAAAUUCCAUACGGAGGCCCUCACGGCCCUCCUGUCCGACGACAGCAAGUUCGGCUUCAUCGUGAUCGACGGGAGCGGGGCCCUCUUCGGCACGUUGCAGGGGAACACCAGGGAGGUCCUGCACAAGUUCACCGUCGAUCUCCCGAAGAAACACGGUCGCGGAGGUCAGUCGGCCCUGCGUUUCGCCCGGCUGAGGAUGGAGAAGCGGCACAACUACGUAAGAAAGGUGGCGGAGACGGCCGUGCAGCUCUUCAUCUCCGGGGACAAGGUGAACGUGGCCGGGCUCGUGCUGGCCGGCUCCGCCGACUUCAAGACGGAGCUCAGCCAGUCGGACAUGUUCGACCAGCGAUUGCAGUCCAAAGUCCUAAAGCUAGUCGACAUUUCGUACGGCGGCGAAAACGGAUUCAACCAAGCCAUCGAACUGUCCACCGAAGUCCUCUCCAACGUGAAAUUCAUUCAAGAAAAGAAGCUAAUAGGAAGGUACUUCGAUGAGAUCAGUCAGGACACCGGGAAGUACUGUUUUGGAGUCGAAGACACACUAAAGGCUUUGGAAAUGGGAGCCGUAGAGAUCCUCAUAGUCUAUGAAAAUCUGGACAUAAUGAGAUACGUUCUUCAUUGCCAAGGCACCGAAGAGGAGAAGAUUCUGUAUCUGACCCCGGAACAAGAGAAGGAUAAAUCUCACUUCACGGACAAAGAGACGGGCCAGGAGCACGAGCUGAUUGAGAGCAUGCCCCUGCUGGAAUGGUUUGCCAACAACUACAAGAAAUUUGGAGCCACGUUGGAAAUCGUCACGGACAAGUCCCAGGAAGGAUCCCAGUUUGUGAAAGGAUUUGGCGGGAUUGGAGGUAUCCUACGGUACCGAGUGGACUUCCAGGGGAUGGAAUACCAAGGCGGAGACGACGAAUUUUUCGACCUCGACGACUACUAGGUAGUCAACCCGGGUCCGGCGAGAAGCGCCUCGCCCUCCAACGUCCAACCCAAGGAGCACAGCCGCGACAGAGCCAGGCCAGAUCCCUGCCUGACGGUCGGAGAGUCUCCGGGCUUCCCGAUCCCCCGCGCAUCGGAUAGCGAAAACAACCACAAGACAACCUUACACUGCGAUCGGUCACAUGGCGUCACCGCAGGAGCAGCAGCAGUAAACUACUAAGUUCCUCGAGGCCACUCUGGACUAAUUUAAAACAACAAACGGAAAACAACAAAAAAAAAAGGGGGGGGUGGGGGAGAAAAGAAUCCCAGUUUUUACUUUUACUCGGUGGUGAAAUUGGUUGCUCUCGUAUUUUAUGGAGAAGAAAAACAAACCACGAGGCCAGAUGAUUUUUUUAACCUUCAUACGUAGAAGCAAAAACACUCUAACUGCUGUAAGCCGUCAAAAGUUAAUCGAAGCGAGACCCUACUAAGUUUAUUUUGAUUGGAGGAAAUUUUCGAUGGCUGCCUUUCGCAGCGAUCCAUUUACAUGGCAUAUUCUCCGCUUAACCUGCAGAAGAGAUAACACGGGGCAAAACCAUUUGAACUGGUUCUGCACGCCCUCUCCUCCCCCGUCUGUCUGCCCCCCUUCUCCGUCUCUCUCCCCUCCGUCUCUCCCCCCACCCCACCGUCCCUCCCCGCCUUCCCCAUCCGAUGUGGGAAGAUGGCCCGGGCGGGGGUCGGUUUCAAACGUAGCCGUCCCGCCUCCGCCUCCCUCUUUGCCCCCCCGCCCUAGGUGCCCCUCUGAGGGGGCGAGGCGAGGAGCAGAUGGCGGCGGGCCAUCUCUGGACCCAGCCCUCGCCCCUCCCCCUCGGUCAGGGCAGCCCCAGGGGCGGGGAGGGGGCGGGAGGGGGAGCGAGCGCAGGGCUCGGAUCCUUCACCUGCCAGGGAGGGGCUGGGGGCGUCUGCGAAUGCUGGGAUUGUAAGAAAUAAAGUGGAAUUUAGACGGACGCGAGGUCAUUUAAGAGA